GUCAGAGGAAGCACUGAAAAGGUGUUCAGCCUGUGCAGUUGUCAGAUACUGUAGCAUCAGAUGUCAGCGCAAUUCCUGGACACUCCACAAAAAAGAAUGUGUUUGUUUCAAAAGAAUUGCACCAAUGGUUCCCACUGAUAGCACACUCUUGAUGUUGAGGCUAUUGCUGAGAUUGGAGAAGAAUGACAUUUCAAUCACACCUCUGAGUAAAGAAGACCCACAGAUUAGGACAUUCAAUGAUUUAAUGUCACACACAGAAGAUAUAAAAGGUGAUCCAAAAAGGACUGAACAGUUUGUCAAGAUGUGUGUGGCACUGCAGCAAUUUGUUGGAGAUCAGCUCAAAGUACCCACUACAGAGCUGCUGGAAAUUUUUGGGAAAAUGAUUAUCAACAGUUUUAGCAUAUGCAGUGGUGAAAUGCAGCCUAUAGGAGCUGGGGUUUAUUUGAGUCCGUCCAUCUUGGAUCAUAGCUGCUGUCCUAAUGCAACCACUGUCUUUGAUGGCAACAAGUUGUAUGUGAGAGCUGUGGAAGACAUUGGGGAUAUAUCGGAAGUUAGGGUCAGUUACAUAGACCAACUUGCUACAACAUCAGAAAGGAAGCAACAGCUGAUGGAACAAUACUACUUCACAUGUAACUGUGUUAUGUGCAGAGAUAAACAGAGGGAUCAGAAGUUGUCCAGCCUGAGAUGUCCCACAACUGGCUGUGAUGGAGUUGUUUCACAGAAUCAUGAUGGAGUCCAACACACUUGUCUUGUAUGUGGAAAAGAUACUUUCUCUGAGGAAUACCUGUCAAAAUGCUCAAGCUCCUCUGCAGAUGCUGAACAGAUUUUAAAGAAAAUAGCAGAGGCAAAGAAAGAAAAAGACUUCAAGAUGGUACUGGAGCUAUCUGGGCACUGUCUUUCUGAGGUCAGUGACCACCUGCACCCUAUGCACAUCUUAAUGAUCCGAUUACAUGACAGUGCAUUUGAUGCAUGUAUAGAGUUACAGAAGUGGGACCUAGCUCUGGUGUAUGCCAGUAAGACAACAGAAGCAUACAGGGAAUUUUAUGCGGCAUAUCAUCCAAAUCUUGGUAUUCACUUGAUGAAGAUUGGUAAAAUGCAACAAUAUCUUAAACAGAUUGAACCAGCGUUGAAGAAUCUUCAGCAGGCUGAAGACAUUUUGCAUGUGAGUCAUGGAAAGAGCCAUUCUUUGUGCCAAGAUCUAAAGAUACUUUUAAAGCAGUGUGAGGAAGAGCUAAGAAUUCAGCAAGGGAGAACAUAACAUUAUACAGAGUCCUCAUGUAAACUUCUAUUUCUCUAAAUAUGGAUUUUUCAAGAAAGCAUGGUUGUUACACUACUUUUCAGAUCAAAACUGAACAUCUUAAAUUUUAAUUUAAGGGUAAUU